AUGGCCAGUCAGUCCGCCUCGCGACAUGUCAGCUGGCACACUUCCGAAAAACGCAGAGGCACCGAGAAUGUGAAACUGGUGUCGAAGUUCAGCAACCUCACCAUCAAUGCCCCGGAGAAAGAAACAUCCGGGCGAGAACUUGAGCGACGAAUUUUGUGUCACCUCUAUUCGAAGAUCGACCGACAGAACGCAUCCUUGAUUCACGCCACCUACGUGGCUAUGUCUCCUUUCCUAGAAGAUGUCGAGUUCGAUACGUCAAUGACCCCUCAUGAAUAUUUCGCCAUGAUACAGUUCACCCAGUCGGUCAGAGAGAUGCGUGCUCGGAUGUCAAAGCGGUUGUUGGACUGUGAGGACGUUCGCGACCACUUUGAGAAUUUGUACUGUCUCUACAUGGACUUCGUGGAGCUUGACGCUUUCGGAGCGGCUCGUCGGCUUGCAGAAGAUGUCAGUGACUUGAUUCGCGCCAUGGGGGAAUUCAUCAGAAUGCUCGAAAUGCUGUCCGAACAUCACGUCACGAACUGGGUGAGAGUUGCCGCGCUCCUCGACAGAUUCGAUACCAAAAAAGACGCUCCUGAUUCCGACUACACACCCGAAAUCUCUUGGUUCCUCCCGGCGGAGGAACUGCUGGGUAUCGGAGGAUUUGGUUCGGUUCAUCGAUGCCGUUUCCAAGGGGUUCCGGUAGUCUCAGUGGAGCUGGUGGAGAGGUCGAGAUUCAAAUCGGAAUCUUAUUCCGUCGCUGGGAAAAUUGUCGGGGCUUUUCUGAAUUCGAUUCAUCUGUGCAGGAGUUAUGCCAGUUUCGCGACGGAAGACUGUUAUGUAUCGGUGCUGGAAUACCUCGAGGGGAUAGACUUGAACAGACUGAUCAAGGGAGCAGGCAGCAUACCGAUCGAGUUCAACAGAGUGAUAUCGGCCCAGCUGUGCAUGGCAUUGAAAUAUUUACAUUAUAAAGGAUUCAUCCAUCGAGAUGUCAAGCCCGCGAACAUGAUGAUAUUGGGAGGUUGUCGCCUAAAACUGAUCGAUUACGAUACCGUGAAAAUCUGCAUCGGAAAGUUUUCUACGAAAGCUCGAUUCAAAAGCUUCUUCAGGAGGACUGCAAGGGAGUUCUAUGACAAGCGAGCUCCGGGAACCGUCAUGUUCAUGCCUCCCGAAGUUCUGACGGGCGCCGCUUACGGCCGCGCUUUGGACUGGUGGGCGGUAGGAGUGACGAUUUAUCAACUGCACUUCAAUGCCAUCCCUUUCGACGACCCCCGUUUAGCUAGGGUGAAGCUGAAUAUCGUUGACAAGGAUCUCGAAUGGCCUCCUCAUCAGGAAAUUCCAUCGGACAUGGCUGAUAUUGUGGCCGGCUUCCUGGUCAAGAAACCCACAGACCGACUCGGCUCCCACUCGUAUUCCAAGAUUGAGAAACACCGUUUCUUCGCUCCCGUCGACUGGAAUAAGUGGGAAACAGGCCUCGGUUGGAUGGACUGGCCUCUACUCGAUACAUUCAUCGCAAGUAAAGGUGAUAUCCUCCGGCAGCUUGAGCCGGCGAAAUUGAAGAAAAUCGUGCGACUCGAGAAUCAAGAGCCGACCGCCGCUCACGCAGCCUUGUAUACAUACUUCUCGUCGGGGUACCGUCGAACACUCGACAAAAUACGCUCUGGACAAGCUUUGGUCGGAGACGAGUUCGACGAGAACUUGGAAGUUCUGAGAGAUCAUGACCAGCCCUACAUUUUCCAAAAAUACGUAACAUGA